GUGUGGCCAACUCAAGUAACAAUUGUUACUUUUGAAUGUAACUUGUUCGAACGUCGUUACUUCUCAAGUAGAUCCACCACUGGCACCAGUACUUUUUUGUAGCUGUUCACAGUCACAGUCAGUCCCAGAUUUGGGGCUUGUGUUGGCAUGACCAAUGCCUAGCGCUUGAGCUUGUGCAUGCGAUAUGCCUGAGCUGCAAAAUAAUAAUAAUAAUCUUUGUUCAUUUUGUGGAGGAGAAAACGAAAGGCAUGGACAGCUAGCUAGUUCUUCAUGAGUGAUCCUGUUUGUUAAAUCACCUAAAAUCACUGGUGUGGUACUGGAGAAUCUGUUUGCCAAUAUGCCAUCCGCAAUAACAGGAUAUUUGUCGGAGGCAGUCCAGUUUGCGUGUGGAACACUUAGUGUACUGUGGUGCCUGACCAUGUCUUUACUUUACUGGUUUUUCAACUGGUUUGUGGGGACAUUACGAUUAUCUACAUCUACAAACCUGAAUGGAGACGUAGUUGUGAUAACCGGGGCUGGUACUGGACUGGGUCAAGAAGUGGCUCUUCAGUUGGCUGCCAAAGGAUGUCGUCUUGUGCUAUUGGGAAAAGUGAAAAACGACUUGGCUCGUACUAUGGAGUUGCUGAAAGCCAACGGUGUAGCAGAAUCGGAUGUGUACACUUAUGGCUGUGAUUGCAGCCAGGAAGACUGCAUUCGGCAAACGGUGGAGCAGAUAAAGACAGAUUUACAUGGGAAGGUGACAGUACUGGUGAACAAUGCUGGUGUUGUUCAUCCUGAUCAUCUUGACAGGCUAUUGUCGUCUGAUGUACAUGACACCAUAUCCACAAAUCUCCUGUCUCACUUCUGGUUUACGCAAGCUCUCCUGCCCACUCUGAAGAGGCAGCCCCGUGCUCACAUUGUCUGCAUUGGGUCCGUUGCCGGCCUGUUUGGAGCCAGUGGACUCUCAUCCUAUUGUGCCAGCAAAUUUGGCGUGGUCGGGCUUUGCGAGAGUCUAGCAAUGGACUUGCACCGGCAAGGCCAACAUCAUGUGAAGGUCACAUGCAUAUGCCCCUAUCACAUCAGUACGAAAAUGUUCCAGGGAGUCGAACUACGGUUCCCGUGGCUUUUCCCUGUGCUGGAUGUGCGGUACGUUGGCCGGAGAAUCGUGAACUGUCUCUUCUCCGAACGCCAUCUCCUUGUCAUGCCGCGGACAAUGUACCUGUUGAGUUUUGCCAAGACCAUUCUGCCUUACACUGUUAUGCUCAAGGCGGCUGACUUCUUGGGCAUCACAACGGCAAUGGAGUCUAUAGAGACUGCUGCUGCUGCUGGUAGGAAAUAUGAUUGAGAUGUACCACUGUGAGACAUUCGACAAUAUUCCCCUCGGGUUAUCCUUGUUACUCGUAUUCCCCUCGCUCCAAUGUGCUUGUUCAUAUUUUUAUUUUAUUUUUGAAAAUAUUUUUAUUCUAUACCUGACCAUACUAUACUGAGGCUCUUCUUGCAUGCUAUUACUUGAGUAUUUCCCACUCGUAUCCCAAUCCUCCACUCAUGAUCUGUGUACGCUGGCGUCAAAAUCUUAAAAAUCUGUCAUAAUAAUCAUUAUAUCCAUCCAGUUUCUUAUAGCUCUCCUACUUUUAAUAAUUCAUACUACAGGUACUUCGAGUAUGUACCAUGAGUACUUAACCAGGGGUGUUCAACUCCUGGAUCUGCAAUAGACUCUGCGUCAUUUUCUGGUGGAACUAUUUCCACGAAAUUGGCAAAGGAGUACAGGUCUGCUCCCGAGAUAUCUCUCACUUGUACGCAAACCUUGCUAGUACGUAAAAAAAAGUCAAAUCCCUCGCCGAAACAGCGUCGCUCCCACACAUAUUUUGUUCUACACAACGUAAUCCUGCAUAACGUAAACCUUGACAUAACGCACUCUACGGCGCGGGCCCCGAUGCACGCACUCUCAAUGCAACGUAGAUUCACGUGCGCGGUAAAACCAAGCUGUAGCUGUAGCGAGCCAGUUUGUCCUAUUGUGCGUAUAUUCUGCGGCAUUGAUUGCAUCUGAUGUCGAUGGUGGUACAGUGUGUACAUGUUUGCAUGGUUGAAUCAGUCUUGUAAUACCCUUCAUUUUGAGGUACAUCUUGUAUUUUACACACAGUUUUCUACAUAACAUACCUCUCGGUAUAACAUAAUUUUUGCGUGGUCCC